UCUCUCUUUCAUAAUUCUUAGUACUAGGAAAAGGUUAAAUGGAUUUAUUUGAGAUUGAAAGCAAUAAGAUUCUAUCAAGAAGAUCCUCUGUGGGAUGUUCCUCUCGUAUAUCAUAUUAUAGGAGUGGAGAAGGUGUUCCAUUCAAGUGGGAAAUGCAACCAGGGAUAGCAAAAGAAUCGUCACCAAAGGAAGUGCUUCCACCACUCACUCCCCCACCAAAAAAUCUUAGCUUGGGGCUACCCAAACCAAGCAUUUUGGAGCUCAAAAAACCAGCGUCAACCAUGUCAAAGCUGAAGUUUUGGAAGAAAAGGGUAGUCAAAAUCAAAAGCAAGAAGCCACAAGAAGUUUGUUUUCAUGAAGAUUUUGAUAUACUAUCAAGAUUGGAUUGUAGCUCUGAUUCUGAGUCUAUGGUGUCGCCCCGUGGUUCAAGCUUUUCAUCUUCCUCUUCUUCGAUGUCGUUGAUGAAGAGUACUCGUUCUUCAUUGCACUCAGUCUGCUCAUCAUGCUCGGAGGGUAAUACCAAACAAGUAUCUCGAAAGCCAUCUACCUUAGGUUGUUUCCCGAUGCACAUCAGCAGAGUUCUUGUUUCCAUUACAAGGCGUGGUUGAAAAUAAUAACAAUGUAAUGUAGUAUGUGGAGUCGGUUAUUUAUUUAUGCAUUUACAUUUACAUUAGAAGAAAAAAAAAAUACACAACUCACACCCACUUUCAUUCAAUAUUUUUUAAAUUUUGUGGAAAAUUUAUCAUCUAUUCUAAUCAUAACUGGCUUCUAAUCGGAGCUUCUUUUGCACCUGCAAUGCACUCUAAUGCUACUACUUCAACUCAUUGUGAGUUUAUGUUAUUGUAAUAUACCCUAAUGAAUUGACUCAAUGACUUGUUGGAGCAGUGGUUGGUUCGCAUGUGCUGUAUGUGUAACCCUUGCAGAAAUGUUUAUUUAACAUAAAAAAGUGUGCGACACUAAAAAUGAUCGAGAAUUUGAUGCGGACUCCAAUUCACAGAUGCCAAAGGAAAGACAUUUUGGUUAAUCUCUAUGGUUGGGAUUUUAUUGAAUGAAUCAGUUGAUCAUCGAAAUUGUAAA